UCUUUUUCUCGCGAGACUCCGGCGUCGAAGGAUGUCCAAUUCGGCGAUUCGGUACUCGCUCGCGGAGGUCGCGAAGUGCGAUGGUAAAAACGGGUCCAGAACUUGGAUUGUGAUUUAUGAUAACGUUUACGAUGUGACGGAUUACAUGUCCCAGCAUCCUGGUGGUCCAGAAUUAAUUGAGGAAUAUGCGGGAAAGGACGCAACAAAUGGAUUCGAUGAUUUUGGUCAUUCCUCAGACGCGAAAAAGAUGCUUAAAGAAUAUUUAGUUGGCGAACUUGAAGAUGAAGAUAAAAGAGCCAAUAAAAAGAAAAAGCAUGCUGUUCCUAACGGAAUAAAAGUCGAACGUACGGAUAAACAGAGACGAAGAACCUUUUUAGCAAUACUAUGCGGCAAAUGUACAUCUUGAAGAACGUAUUGUCUAGAGAGAGAGAGAGAGAUUUAAGAUAUAUUAUUUUAUUUAUGAAAUCACUAUCAUUACAUUUGCAGUACCUAUAUAUGAUAUUGCACGUGACGACGCGCGCGUAAUUCCGAUAAGAAUCAUUAAUUAAAUCGCAGUAUUAAAUACGAUCCUCUUAUCGCAUACGUGACAUUGGAGAUUCUUAAGAACAAACAAGGAAAACCAAUAAUUAUGUCUGCGAAUACUAAUGAGUCAUGCGUCAAUUGCUUAUCGCGUUCACAGACCUAUAACAAGCAAGUUUUGCGGAAUUUCCAAUUUUUAAUUCGUGAAGUUAAACUUUUAAUUUAUAAACAAUAUAUAUAAUUAUUGUAAUGUGUACAUACACAUAGUUGAUAACAUAUUAUUGAUGCAUUUAUAAAAUAAAUAGGAUUAAUGUUGCGAAUUAUGAUAGAUUGUACAAUGUACCUGAAUGAAAUGAUAUGCGUGAAAUAACAUAUACC